CUCGCAGCCAUGGGCCCUGGCCCCAGCCACGCGCCGGGCACCCCACGCCCAGUGCUCUGUGCGCUGGCCUUGAUGGUGGCCAUAGGCAGCCGCAUCGCCUCCGCCUUCAACCUGGACACCCGAUUCCUGGUGGUGAAGGAGGCCGAGAACCCCGGCAGCCUCUUCGGUUACUCUGUCGCCCUCCAUCGGCAGACAGAGGGGCAGAGGCGCUACCUGCUCCUGGCUGGUGCCCCCCAGGACCUCGCUGUGCCUGAUGGCUACACCAAUCGGACGGGUGCCGUGUACCUGUGCCCACUCAGUGGCAACAAGGACGACUGUGAACGAAUGAACAUCAAGGAGAGAAGUGACCCCAAUCGUCACAUCAUUGAAGACAUGUGGCUCGGGGUGACUGUGGCCAGCCAGGGCCCGGCAGGAAGAGUCCUGGUCUGCGCUCACCGAUACACCCAGGUGCUGUGGUCGGGGGUAGAAGACCAGCGGCGCAUGGUGGGCAAGUGCUACAUGCGAGGCAAUGACCUUGAGCUGGACACCACGGAUGACUGGCAGACCUACCACUACGAGAUAUGCAACAGCAACACUGACUACCUGCAGACGGGCAUGUGCCAGAUGGGCACCAGUGGUGGCUUCGCCCAGAACACUGUGUUCUUAGGGGCCCCUGGUGCCUACAACUGGAAAGGAAACAGCUACAUAAUUCAGCGGACAGAUUGGGAUUUAUCAGAUUACAGUUACAAGGAACCUGAAGACAAAGGAAACCGGUAUAUUGGGUACACAAUGCAGGUGGGCAGUGCUAUCCUGCACCCAACAGACAUCACCAUUGUGUCAGGUGCCCCUCGGCACGAACAUGUGGGCGCCGUCUUCUUGUUGAGCCAGGAGGCAGGCGGAGACCUGCAGAAGAGGCAGGUGCUGGAGGGCACGCAGGUGGGCGCCUACUUUGGCAGCACCAUUGCCCUGGCAGACCUGAACAAUGAUGGGUGGCAGGACAUUGUGGUCGGUGCUCCCUACUACUUCGAACGUAAAGAAGAGGUAGGGGGUGCCAUCUACGUUUUCAUGAACCAGGCAGGCACAUCUUUCCCUGACCAGCCUUCUCUCCUUCUUCAUGGCCCCAGUCACUCCACCUUUGGCUUUUCAGUGGCCAGCAUCGGUGACAUCAACCAGGAUGGGUUCCAGGACAUUGCUGUGGGGGCCCCAUUUGAGGGCUUGGGCAAAGUGUACAUCUACCACAGCAGCUCCAGGGGGCUCAUCAAACAGCCCAAGCAGGUAAUUGAUGGAGAGAAGUUGGGGCUUCCUGGCUUGAAUACCUUUGGCUACUCCCUCAGUGGGAAGAUGGACGUGGAUGAGAACCUCUACCCAGACCUGCUAGUGGGCAGCCUGUCAGACCGCAUCGUGCUGCUGCGAGCCCGGCCUGUCAUCAACAUCCUCCACAAGACAGUGGUGGCCCACCCAUCUGAGCUGGACCCUGCAAAAUGCACAAAUGACUCUUGUAUGUAUGUGGAGCUGUGCUUUGCUUACAACCAGAGUGCUGGGAACCCCAACUACAGGCGAAACAUAACCCUUGCCUACACCGUGGAGGUCGACAGGGACCGGCGGCCACCCCGGCUCCGCUUUGUUCAAAGCCAGUCAGCCACCUUCAAUGGCUUCUUCUUCAUGCCAGAGAUGCGCUGUCAGAAGCUGGAGCUGCGUCUGAUGGACAACGUUCGCGACAAGCUCCGCCCCAUCGUCAUCUCCAUGAACUACUCUUUAUACCUGCGGAUGCCCGAUCGCCCCCGGCUGGGGCUGCGGUCUCUGGAUGCUUACCCGGUUCUCAACGAGGCGCAGAGUGCGGAGAACCACACCGAGGUCCACUUCAAGAAGGACUGCGGGCGCGACGGCAAGUGUGAGAGCAACUUGAAGAUGCAGGCCGACUUCGUCACUGAGCAGAUGGAGCCGCUGAAAAGGCUCAAGUACAGCCAGGACAUCCGGAAACUGUUCCUGAGCAUCAACGUGACCAAUUUCCCCGGCUCAAAGCGAGCUGGGGAAGAUGCCCAUGAGACGCUGCUCACCAUAGAGAUGUCUCCCCGCAUGCUGCUGUCCUCAGUGCGUCCGCUCGGGGCCUGUCAAGCCAAUGACACCAUCCUUUGUGAGCUGGGCAACCCUUUCAAAAAGAACCAGCGGAUGGAGCUGCUUAUUGUCUUCGAGGUCAGUCCACUGGCCCUGCAGACACGGGAACUCCAGGCGCAGCUACAACUGUCCACGUCCAGUCACCAGGACAAUCUACAUGCAGUGGUCCUGCCUCUGCCAUUGGACUACCUGCUCCAGACCUCAUUCAGCCUGGUGAAAGGCCGACUACAGAGCUACUUUGGGGGCACGGUGAUGGGUGAAGCUGGCAUGAAAACUGUGGAAGAUGUGGGAAGCCCCCUCAAGUAUGAGUUUCAGGUGGGCCCAAUGAAGAGGCUGGAAACACUUGGGACCUUGGUCCUGGGACUGGAGUGGCCCUAUGAAGUCGCCAAUGGCAAGUGGCUGCUGUACCCCACGGAGAUCACAGUUCGAGGCAAUGAGUCCUGGCUCUGCCAGCCACCAGGAGACCUGGUCAACCCUCUCAACCUCACUUUCCCUGUCCCAGGGGAUGGCCCACCAUCUCAGCGCAGGCGACGAAGAGAGCUGGACCAGGAAAGAAACCAGGACUCUUUGCUUGCCCCUGUGAUAUCUCUGAACAGGGCCAAGCCUGUGACCACACUGAGCUGUAACAAUGGUGGCGCCCGCUGUGUGUGGCUGGAGUGCCCCAUUCCUGACACUCAGGUCAUCACCAACGUGACCGUGCAGGCCCGGGUGUGGAACAGCACCUUCAUUGAGGAUUAUAGGGACUUUGACCGAGUCACGGUACAUAGUGAGGCCACGCUGUUCCUUCGAACCAGUGUUCCAACCAUCAGUAUGGAGAAUAAAACCAUACAGUUCUUUGUGGACGUUGACUCUGACCUGGUGGAGGAGCUGCCGGCUGAGAUCGAGCUGUGGAUGGUGCUCGUGGCCGUGAGCGCCGGGCUUCUGCUGCUGGGGCUGAUCAUCCUUUUGUUGUGGAAGUGUGGCUUCUUCAAGCGAGCCCGCACUCGGGCCCUGUACGAAGCCAAGAGGCAGAAGGCGGAGAUGAAGAGCCAGCCGUCAGAGACAGAGAGGCUGACCGACGACUACUGA